ACAAGAAAAACCCAGUCAUCUUGUGACUAAGUUCCUCUCUUAAGAAUACCGUAUCAGCCUCUAAAUCUUCUAUAUAUUCAACACCAAUAGAAGGCACUUCCAAGAUUUUCUUCUUGGGAAACAGAAGAAAGGCAAAAACAGAUACAUCAAACAGGGGCGACCUGAUACACACAUAAGGCUAAUAGCAAGAUGCCUCAGUUAAAGAAUAUGGCGAUUCUUAUAGUAAUUGCUGUUGCUGCAGCAAUUCUACAGAGCACAGAAGCUACAGAUUACACAGUAGGGGACUCCACUGGUUGGAUAAGUUCUCCCACUGGUGGAGCAUCUUUUUAUUCCAACUGGGCUUCUAAUAUCACAUUCAGGGAAAACGAUACCCUAGUCUUCAGAUUCACGACGGGAAGACACACGGUAGCGGAACUUACGAAGGCAAACUUUGGCAGUUGCAACGUGAAUCAGAAUAUCCAAGUAUUCACAACAUCACCAGUAAGAUUCACCCUUAAUCGCACUGGGGAAUUCUAUUUCGCAUGCUCCAUCCCAGGCCAUUGCAGCAGUGGUCAAAAGCUAAGCGUUAGAGUCAACGGCUCUUCCCCUGCACCAAGAAACGCUCCACCUCCAUCCUCUGGAACCCCUCCUUCCAGCGAAGGAUCUCCAACUCAAUCACCCCCGACUGAGCCAGGCGCAACUCCUCCUUCCCCAGGCUCAGCCACCUCUUUAGCCGCUACUUUCUCUCUUCUCUUCACCGUUGUCAUUAACUUAUUGUUUUAGACUUGAGUUUAAAGAAGUUCUUUUUAUUUUGU